AAAAAUUUGUAAAGGGAAAGAGCAUGGGCAAGCAAGUAUUGUGAAAAUUUUGCAGAUUGUGUCAAGAAUUUAAAGAUUAAAAUAAGAGAAAAGGAACACAUUAAGUGAAAAAGGACUGAUUUCAAGAAGAAAAAUGAUCAGAGGAGGGGAGGAGAGUGAGCAAAAUCAAUGGAAUGCAGCGAUGUCAGUUAUACAUGAAACAGCACUUUAGCCAUCCCAACCAUGGCUUAACAACAUGCAAAACCCUGUUUAACUGGUAAACCCAGUUCUCACAAUUUUAUUCAAUGUGCUCUUAUUAACCAAGUGGGGCAUGCCAGGCUGUGCUGAUUCAGUCACGCAUGCCCUAAGGGUGUCACGGACACAUUUGGGAUGGUGACAAGGUUGGGACACCACAACACCAUUCACUACAGGUCUGCAUAGGCCCCGUCCCAGUUGUACGUGUAGUCAGGACAGAAUUGACGGGAAACUAUGUUUACUGCAGGAUAUUUCGAAUAUACAUGUAUGCAGUAAAGCUGGCAGGCCGUGAUCCUGUUGAUGUUUCCAGUGAACAGGGGCGUGCCCUAGUGUGGUCACAAUGUCAAGGUCAGAGACAGCGAAUCUUCCUCAGAUCUCAACAUUUUGAUGAUCGGGGCUGGUGAUUGCAGACACAUGCUAAAGACCCUUGCGUUAUCACACAGGCAUACUAAGAGGAAAAUCAAUUUUUAUGUCGUUGAGAGCAAUUUGGAGCUCCUCGGUCGUCACUUACUGCUCACCAGCAUAGCCCUGGAGUCUCCCAAGCUGAUGGGACUGCAGGAAAAGACGGAAUUGUUCCUUGAAGUCUUUGGGAACUCCUUGGUGAGACGACAGACCAGGGACUACAUUGUCAGCAAAGCAAAUGACUUCAUAAGAAUGGUGACCGACUUGGACUAUCUAGCUCGGGAGCUCCCGGCAUUUGACUUGUCCUUGUUGAAGUUCAAAGAGCGAGAUCAGCUGGAGGCCAUCUUCAAGUUCUGGAGGGGCAGCGACGACAGAGUUUUUGAUAUCUCCAAGUGCUGGGACAACAGGCUAAGACAUUACCUGGCCAACCGGUACGAUUCCAGGGUAGGUGUUUACGACUGGGACUACAACAUGAAGCUACUGGACCGCGGUGCCGGCAUCAUCCACAAGAAGGAGUACAGCUACUGGAGGGAGACGGGGUCGGCGUUCAGUGUGAGAGAAGGCACCUACGACGUGCCCAACAAGACGCUUGCCUCGGGACUUAUCGUCAAAACUAGCGGUGGAAAUGUCCCACAGCGAGGUUACUGGGGAGAUAUCGUCAGCAGUCCCUACCUUGCCUUUGGUAUUGAGUGUAACGAAGCAAGUCUGAUGAAGAAGACGAAUGACACAUACACAAAGACAGCCCAGGACAUCUCAGAAUACAACAUCCUGGCCAUCCUCCAUGAGCUGACCACGGGAGAAAAGUACGUGCUGCCGAAACCGAGUAAGGAAACGGAAUCAAAGGAAAAAGCGAAUUCAGAAGGAGCAAAGCUGGAAGAAAUAACAGAAGAAGAUGAGGAGGAAGAAGAGGAAGAGAAAAGUAAUAAGAACGAGGAGAAAGAACUUGAAGAAAAUGGAGAAAGCGAUCAAACCAGUGUGGAACAUGAAAACAUUCCAAUAGAAGAUGUCAAAAUUCACUUCCUUCCAAUUGGAUCAGCAAGGGAGAUAAAUAAGAAAGGCAAAUACAAGGGGUUAUUCAACAUCAUCUACCUCUCCAACAGUAUGGUGCACUACCUGACAGAAGACCUGAGGGCAGUCUUUGCGGACCAAGCCAUGGUCAUAACUGAGACAGCGCGGUUCAUGCUGGAACUCAAAACGGAGCAGUGCCAAGAAUUCCUGAGUAAAGUCACAGGAAUGGCAACUGCCGUUGGAUGCCAGAUCACAUCCCACGGCGACGCUCUCAAGGACUCCUUCCUCCGCUUCCGAUUCGAGAGAAAAACGUGAGGAGACAACAGCUUUGCCUGCAAACUGGUUCAGCCACAAUACACGCGGAAGCCAAUUUGGGGAGGAUGUUUUCCUUCCGUGAAUACAGGGGUAUUCGUGUGCCGGAAUGCCUCUCAAAAUGGGAAAUCCUGAGCAGAAUGCGUGAAAAAGAGGCACUUCAUUUUUGCAGGAGGAAGGGCAGUUCAAACAAGGCACUUCAACCGAAUCUCAAGAAGAGGGAGAUUAGGGUUGGCCUUUCAGAAGAGCAACCUGAGUUUGCCCUCCUGGGAUCGGACAUACCUCAGUGGAGUUGAGAGUGUCUCCUCACAGACUGACCAGAGGGUGUUUAUUGCUACAGCAGCACCACCACCCCCUGAUCAGUUGCAUAUACAUGUAUCCAGGUCCAGUGGCGUUUGUGCUGGAAGGGGGGGUGGGGAAAGGGGAAGGGUUGUCAUGUAAAUUUGAAAAGUGGGGUGGGGGACACAAUGUGACUCUAUAAAGAGGUUGAAGUUCAUGAUAGUAAUGUGCAUGUGUAUCUGUAAUAUGUGUCCAAAAAGACAUAUGUAUGGCUUUUUAAAAAAUUGUUCUCCUUUGAGUGAUAUUGAGUGCAUUUUAGUCGUAGGAAGUCUGAAAAAUUCUUCACAGUCCACAAAAAAGUGGGGGUAUGAUUCAGUAGCCCAUCCCCCCCUCUAAAAGUGUGUGGGGAUAUAUACCUCCAUACCCCCCUCCCUCGGAUUUACGCCCAUGUCCAGGUCUUAGCCCCGCAUUUUUUUUCUCGCCCAUUAAAAAAACUUCAGCCCUUCCCCCCAUCAUAGUGGUAGUAGCGAAUUCUAUAAUGCCAAUGCUUUUCAAUUCAUUGAAAACAACAGAAUCAGCAACAUGUCGGGGGGGGGGGGGUUGGCUUGACCCCUGCCUCCUGGAUAUGCCACUGCAUGUGAUCUUACACUUGAGUGUGUAUUUUGGCCAAUCAGUUCAUGGCAAAUGCUAUUGGUUGGUGAGGUACGCAACGCUCGCAUACCAGAUGCCUACGAGCGUGGUGCCUCAACCGUUAUCGUUUGCAAUUGUAGUCACUGAAAAAAUUCAUACAAGUGUUUUUGAUAAUAAAAUAUCUACGUUCUUGCAUUCUGUUGUCCAGUUAAUAAACAGCUGCACCAAUUUAAAGCCUUCACGAGUGUUUAGAAACAUUUGUACAUAUUAGUCAUGUUGGGAAAUGCAUUUGGAAAUAAAUACAAAUGUUACACA